UUCGAAACGUUCCGGUUAAACAAUUCUUACAGAUUCGUUGAACCGGCUUUAUAUUUACGGCGACGGUUCCGCCCGCGUUCCGUGACCGUCGCCCCGUAAAUUCCGCCUUCCUCCGCGACCCGCGUCCACCUUCUAAACGAAACUUCUCCUCUUCGCGCCGUAUCCACGAACGCCGGGAUGGAUCCGCUCGACAAAAUGGCCGCCGCGGACGGAUGGAUCCGCUCGACAAAAUGGCCGCCGCGGACGGAUGGAUCCGCUCGACAAAAUGGCCGCCGCGGCCGGAUGGAUCCGCUCGACAAAAUGGCCGCCGCGGCCGGAUGGAUCCGCUCGACAAAAUGGCCGCCGCGGCCGGAUGGAUCCGCUCGACAAAAUGGCCGCCGCGGCUGAAUGGUCCGCUCGACAAAAUGGCCGCCGCCGCGGCGGUCGCGUCUCCGCGUUCCACGGCGCGCAAAUUUCUCCCUACCGACCGAAAAAUCCCGCGCUCCGUUCCCGGGCGAAACACGUCGCCGGAAUAAAACCCUCCUGGCGUGCAGGUGCUAAUACCACUACAAUUAAACGUACACACAUAUAGAAUAUAACACUUGUGUUUAUUUAACUAAUUAUUAAUGACGAUAAUGACAAUUAUAUGUAUAAAUAAAUGGAUACGUAACUGGAUUCAGUAAUUAUUAGACAGUAUGUCUAGUAGGGUGGUCCUUGAUAAGGUUAUUUUCGAAUUUCUUCGCUCCCAGGGGCUCAAAUGCUUCCAAAUCGAUGAACAAAAAUUCUCUGCAAAAUUUGAGCUUUUAAUAUUAACUCUAAGAUAGUGUGCGUCCCAAUCUAAGUUUCCUAUGGAAAUAACAUGGGGAAAAUUACUUUUGUUGUUUAUGAUUUUAUAACUUGGAAACGAAUGAAUUAAUAGAUUAAAAAUCAUACAUAUUUUUAUAGAGAAUUGAACGCUCUGCAAAAAAGGUCUAUUAUAAUUUUUCCAUCAGUCCAUUGGUUUAAAAGUUAUUCAACGUCAAAGUUUCAUUUUCAUAUUAUUAUUAAUAUUAUCGAGUAAAUUAUUACACUAUUAAAUAGACAUUGUCUAGUUUGUACUCUGAUAUAAUAAUAAUAAAUCUCAGGGGUACCACCAACACCGGCCGGAGCAGGGCCCCCGUAAGGGUUAUACUGGCGCCUGUGUGCGAAAAAGGAUUUUGGCGCCCCUCGAGGCAUUUCGAAUGAUCUUUUUUUUUUUUUGAUGGUAGGUAGGUGCUCGAAAUAAAGCAAAGAAACUGAACUUUGAAAUUCACAUUUAUUUGUCGACUGAAAUAUCAAAAUCAAAUAAUAAUAACAAAUUCUCGUUCGCACUCGUUUCGAAGCAUUUACUCAACUAAUGGGGUACAGAGACACGUCGUUCACAAAUACUGGAAAAUUACCCAAAACUAAAAAUCACAUUUUUUCAGGAACAAAUGACAGAAAUAUCGCCUCGUGUCUACAUAAUGUACAACGUGUCAAUGAGAAAGCGCAAAACCUGAAAAUUAGUUUGUUCAGAAUCGUGAGUAGAAUCGAUUGCACUGAUAAAAAAAUCGGGGUGAAAUUUGAAUCAAAAUAAUAUUCUCAAUUCUUUUACAAUCAAAAUAAGUUGGGGUGUCAUUGACUCAUCUUCCGUGUACCGACAUCGACCGGUUACGAUUUUAUCAAACGCGUUGAUUAUUUUUGUUUCUCUUUUUUUUUUGCAAACAUUUUUUCGGGCCCUCGGUUUUGGCGCCCCUGGGGGACGGCGCCCGGCGGCUUACCGGUGGGGCCAUCUGGCGGGGGUCGUUCGCGGGGGCGGCCGCCCCCGUCGGAGUUACCCUAGCAGCGGGUCAUCGAUCGCGCCCCGUUGCCGGCGGACGGGCGUCCGUCGGGUCCUCUGAAAGGGCGCGUUGUUCGGUCGCGCGGCGUCGCGACGCCGUCCGCACGGAGCCCCGUUAUUGAUUACGGGGCGGCGGGGAGAGUCAGGCGCCAUCCCGCGGGCCACCGCGUCACGGGCCCCACGUAACCCGUCCGCCGUAUUGUUUCGUCGCUCAACGUCGAGCCGAAAAGAUGGUGAUGAUGGCCGGCAUGGAGGAUCACGAGCGCAAGGUAGUCCUGGAGUUCUGCCACCUACUCGAGAAGAGCAAACAGCUGUUCAACGGUCUGCGGGACCUACCCCAAUACGGCCACAAGCAGUGGCAGGCCUACUUCGGGCGCACCUUCGACAUCUACACCAAACUGUGGAAGUUCCAGCAGCAGCACAGGAUAAUCCUGGACACCAAGUACGGACUGAAACGCUGGCAGAUCGGCGAGAUCGCCAGCAAGAUCGGUCAGCUCUACUACCACUACUACCUGCGCACCAGCGAGACCAGCUACCUCCACGAGGCGUACUCGUUCUACGCGGCGAUCAGGGGACGGGCGUACUACAGCCGCGCGGCCAAGGAGGACCGUUCCGACCUCAUGGUGAAGAAGCUGCGCUACUACGCGCGUUUCAUAGUCGUCUGCCUGCUGUUGAACAAGAUGAAACUGGUUCGCGAACUGGUCGGCGAGCUGGACGCCCAGAUAGCCGACUACACGAGCACCUACGAGCCGGAGGACCAGGUCGAGUGGAACCUGGUCCUCGACGAGAUAAAGGCCUUCGUGAAGGCCGAGGCGGCCGUCGGCGUGCUGCACGCCGACGCGAACCCCGUGGUUCUGACCCACAGGCUGGGGGCCCUGACCUCGCCGCCGGUAGAACGUUCACCGCCCAUGUGCCUAUCGCUCCAGGAGAUCCUCAUCGUCGGCAACUGUUCCGAUCAGGUGAAGUUCAGCGAACUGUCGAUGGACAUGUUCAGGAUGCUCCAGACCCUGGAGAGGGAGCCGAGGGAGGACCCGGCCCACCUCCACGACGCCUCGCCCGCCGGGAGGCUGCCCUUCCGGCCGGGUCCCUACCCCGCCGAAAACGGGGCGCCCAGACGCGACAACCCCCACAAGUACCUGCUCUACAAGCCCACCUACAGUCAGGUACAGGUGUUCCUGGCCAGCGGUUUCAAGGAGCUACCCGCGAACGGGGCGCUGCUCCUCUACCUGUCGGCCGACGGUUGCUUCUCCACCGUGAAACAACCCGAAGAGAUGGGUUACGACCUGGGCGGUGUAUCGACGAGCAGCAAACGCGACCCGGAACACGGAAAGAGGCCCACCGGGGGCAAGGAGCCCCACUGCCUCUACCCGGGCGACUUGUACCCGUUCACCAGGAAGCCGCUGUUCGUUGUCGUCGACUCGGACAACAGUUUCGUGUUCCAGCAAAUACCGCGUUACUUCGGACAACCGCUGAUGGUGCUUAUGUCGCCGCAGGACACGCCGCCGACCCUCAGGGACCUACGCCACGGCGGUAGUCUGUUCACACUUUUUCUCCACGCGCCUCUAGCCGCAUUCUGCCUUAUCUGCAACGUCGGUAGCCUACCCGUACACCACUGGGACCGCUGCCAGACGUACGUGGAACGCUUUCUCGUCGAGGCCAGUAGACUGGUGACGCGAUCGCGAUGCGAAACUAGCGUCUUACAAUUCUUCGGCGACGAUUUUCUGAGGCUUCUACUGGUCCGCUACGUAUUCUGCGACGUGGUGUUGAACCUCCACAGGUCGUUCAGGACGCGACAGCAACGGCCCAGGUGUCACCCGCCGUUGCCGGAAGCCGAAAUCCUCGAGCACCCCACGCUUCACCAUCUGGUAUUGGACCUGGCCCAGUGCAUCGACGCUCGCGACCACUUCCCAGAUACCAGCGACCUCGCCUGACCCCGGCGUACCUCCUACCCGGCCAUCGACACAGCCGAUUCCUCGCCUCCCUGCCACGAUCAUUAUAACUAUUGCAAUUACAAUUACAAUUACAAUUACAAUAAAAUCGUUACAUUGAGACCUCAUUAAAACGCCUCUAGGACUCGUGUGUCUCUUCAGUGUG